CACACCCGGAAGCGGAGAUCCGGAAGUGGGGUUGGGCAGGUUAUCCCCAGGGGUGGGGCAGCGGAGGCCCAGGAGGAGGGGGAGAAAAGAAGGUGGAGGAUCCUGGCUACUAAUCUGAAUCCGAUACCGAUUCUCUUAGACCUCAGAGACACAGAAAAGACAGAAGGGUGCCUCAUCCCCCUUCCUCCCCUCCUCCCUCUCUUCAACCUUAGCCAUGGCGGAGGCCGGGGCCGGGCUGAGUGAGACCGUCACUGAGACAACGGUUACCGUGACAACCGAGCCCGAGAACCGGAGCCUAACCAUCAAACUUCGGAAACGGAAGCCAGAGAAAAAGGUGGAAUGGACAAGUGACACUGUGGACAACGAACACAUGGGCCGCCGCUCAUCAAAAUGCUGCUGUAUUUAUGAGAAACCUCGGGCCUUUGGCGAGAGCUCCACGGAGAGUGAUGAGGAGGAAGAGGAGGGCUGUGGUCAUACACACUGUGUACGGGGCCACCGCAAAGGACGGCGUCAUGCAACCCCGGGACCAAGCCCCACCACCCCUCCCCAGCCUCCUGACCCCUCCCAGCCCCCUCCAGGGCCAAUGCAGCACUAAAUUCCUCUCUCCCCCACCAUUCCUGUGUCUGUCUGGCCCUGAAUGUAUUCAUGUGGCUACUCGGGGACUUAACCCAUGGUUUGAUCCCUUCUCCAGCCCCCUCCUCCCCUCUCCUCUGCCUCAUAGAGGGAAGAGGAGGAGGAGGGUGGACAGAGAUCCUGGAAUUCUGACUUGCUGCUAUUCCAGAACCCAGGUUUCUGGGUUCCCCCAGCCCUCAUUUCUGCCUCCUCUCUUCAGGGAUCCAGGCAUCUUGGUCCCAGUCUUUUCCCUUUGUUCUCACUGCCAAACUACCUGUCCUGUGAUCUAAUUAUCUUGGCCCCUUGCACUCUCUACUUGAGUUCCAAACAAUUAAAUUGGGUUUCCAACAGCCCCAGCUUUCACUGCCAGGGUCCUAGUCAGAUUCCAGGCAAUCUUGUUCCAGCUAUGCUUGUUAAUCCUGGCUUAGAGCUUUUCCACUAAUGUAUUUAUGUCAUCCUAACUCUUAGUCCUUGCCUGUGGGAUGUGAGGUCUUAUGUGAGACCUCAGAGCUCUUAGCCCUUUCCCUCCUCUCCUGCCCACUCCCGUCAUGCCCUUAAGAGGAGUUAGGAGAGAGAGAGGUCUUUGUCGUUCUCACCUUGGGAGAAUGGCAAAUGGAAAAAGAAAUAGUCAUGUUCUCCCCCCACCCUUCUCGUGUGACCUAGGGUUUCUGACAAAGCUGGCUUCAAGACUGGUCACUUAGAGCCAGCCACCUAUCUCCGCAGGCUUUGGUCUUCCAGCUUAGGAGACAGAUCCAACAUGGUCCCAGGGGCCUGGGUCCCUGGGAGAGGAAGGAACAGGGAGGGAGCAAAGAGAUGCACUCUCACCCCUUCCUUCCUAGGCUUUGAUGUCUCUGCCAGCCCAGAUGUCCUGGCCUUCCCCACCCCUUACUGGGAUCUGGAUAUCAUUUUCCAGGCCUCUUGCCAUGCACAGUUGCAGAGAUCAGUCAAAUCCAUACCACCACUGAGAUCUCAUUUAUUGCCACAGAUGCACAAAAUAAAUAACCCAACAUCACAAAA